AUGUCGGCCGGCUAUGAUUUGUGGACCAAACCCCCCGUCGGCGUCUGCGGCAUUCUGGCCAUUGGCCCUGCACUGCAGACGGCAGCUGCAGCUAAGAUACCUGGCGUACGCCUAUGCCUUCAACUUGUUCGCUUCAUGCUUCAAUCGAGAGAGCGAAUGGCGUCUGCGGCUGGCGCCCCGUCUGGUGGUGUAGGACUAUUUCGAUACGCUGACGGCAGGCGAAGAGGUCACCUGGAGGGCACCAGAAGGCUGGAAGAGGAAAAUGGUGCGAAAAACCUGCUAAACAACAAGAAGGAAAAUGCGAAAGGCUGCGAUCUUGUUGCUUAUGCGCUUUGCUCUCGCAGACAACCGGCGGCGCAAUCGGCGGCACUUCCCGUCACAUCGAGCAUUCGUGCCCGCCGCACAAAGGAGGCUGUCUCGUGGCUUCCUGCUAGACUGCUGGACGGCUAA